AUGCCUCCAUUUAGGAAAGUCCGUUAUCAUUUGAAAGAGUAUACUAACAACCCUCAUGAAAAUGAAAAAGAGUUGUUCAAUCUUCGCCAUUCUUCACUUAGAAUGUGUGUAGAGAGGGAAUUUGGAGUACUGAAGAAGAGGUUUCGUGUCUUGGAUGCCGAGCCAUUUUGGCCAUUCAAAACACAAGUUGAUGUGGUUCUAGCUUGUUGUUUGAUACACAACUACCUUAGAGGCGUAGAUCCAAAUGACCCAAUUGCAAGAGAAGUUGACAUGGAGAUGAAUUCACAAGAUGUGAAAAAGGAAGAAAAGAAAGCGAAUUUUCGUUGGUCAAAAUCGAUGUCCAAGGUAUUGCUGGAAUUUCUUGCUGAAGAAGUGAGAAAAGGAAACAGACCAAACAACUCUUUCAGAACUAGUUCUUUUGUAGCAGCUGCAAAGAAUAUUUCUGAAGUAUUUCACACUACUUGUACUGCUGAUCAUGUUGAGAACCAUAUGAGGACAGUGAGAGCUACAUGGGGAAUCAUAUCAAAACUUCGAGGGACCGCUGGCUUUGGAUGGGAUGACAACGUGAAGAUGGUCACACAAUACCCAACUCAUGAGCGGUAUCUCAAUCGUAAAAUUGAUAUGUUCGAGGAAAUAUCAAUUGUUGAUGGAAAAGACAUGGCUAGAGGAGACUUUUCUAAGUCAUUUGCUGACAUUGAAGUGACUAGCAUUGAGAGUGGGCAGGGGCCGACAACCACUACUGAAAAUGGUCCAAUUAAAUCAGAGAGUGCUACUUCUUCAGAGCCUAGGCCACAUCGGAAGAGGACUCGAGUUGAAGAGGAAGGGUGUGACUUGCAACAAAUAUCUACUCAAUUAGGAGAAGUCGUUGGUGCUCUUAAAAAAUUCUCGAACAACCAACUUGAUGUGGAAAAGCUUCAUGAAGAGAUAAUGAAGAUGGAGGAUUUUGAUGAACUAGUUCGUGAUGCCGCCUUUGAUCAUUUGGUUGAGCGUGAGAUGCUAGCUAAAGCAUUUUUAACAAAGAGAGAAUCACUUCGUAGGCUUUGGCUCCAAAAGUUCGUAAAGUAUCUACAUUCAUAG